ACCAGAUGAGUGGUUGCUUAACACAUUUUUGACGUGCUUAAAAAACAGAAGAAAGUUAGUCGCCAACACUGACCGGGUCUGGAUCCCUAACAAGGGAUUCCGAGCGUGGGAAUCCGAUUGACAUUACACAGAAGGACUUGUGCGAGCUUUUUCUUUCCAAAACAAAAUGUUCAGAAAGUUUUCUCUUAUCGUCCUGUUACACUUUAUUCCGCUGUAUCUGAUUGUGCCGGGGUCCAGUGCCCAGAGAUCGAGUGGACCACGGUUUCUAAUAGGAGACCGCGACCAAGACCUGGAGUGCAAUGUCCAUUGUACUGGCUCUCAGCUGAAGCCCCUCUGUGUGUCGGAUGGUCGGACGUAUGAAUCGAGAUGUGAUUACCUGAGGGCCAAGUGUAGGGACUCAACACUGGAGAUCACGCAUCGAGGCAGAUGUAAAGAAUCCGGUCCAACCAAAUGUCGGACAGAAAGGGCGCAGCAAGCGCAGGAACAGGCCAAAAAACCGCAGGAACCAGUUUUCAUUCCCGAAUGUAAUGAAGAUGGCUCAUUCGCUCAGGUGCAGUGCCACACAUUCACAGGAUACUGUUGGUGUGUUACUCCAGAUGGGAAACCCGUGAGUGGAUCUUCAGUUAAAAAUCAAACACCCGUGUGUUCAGGUUCAGUAACUGAUAAACCCUCGGGACCCAGCAGUUCCGGCAGAAAAGUUUCUUUUCAAUUCUUUCUAACGCUAAAUUCAGAAGACGUAUCGAAGCCGACCCCAACCGCUGAAACCCAGCCAGUGUUUGACGGAGACGAAAUUACAGCACCGACCCUUUGGAUAAAGCAGCUGGUCAGUAAAGACUCCAAACAAAACGGCUCAAGCAUGAGGAACCUAGAAAAGCCUUCCUGCGACCAAGAGAGGCAGACCGCUCUGGAGGAAAGCCGGCAGUAUCCCCGAGAUGGCAUCUUCAUUCCCGAGUGCGCUGGGGGGGGCCUCUACAAACCCGUGCAAUGCCAUCAGUCGACCGGGUACUGCUGGUGCGUCCUGGUGGACAUUGGCCGCCCCAUUCCUGGAACGUCCGCCCGUUAUCAAAACCCGGACUGUGACAGCAAUGCCAGAUCUAAGCUCCUGGAGGGAGAUGACCCAUUCAAGGACAAAGAGUUGCAAGGUUGCCCCGGGGCAAAAAAGUUGGAGUUCAUCACCAGUGUUUUGGACGCUCUCACCACGGACAUGGUGCAAGCUAUUAACUCACCAGCCCCUGCAGCGGGAGGAAGGUUUCCUGAGCCCGAUCCAAACCACACACUGGAGGAACGCGUCGUACACUGGUACUUUGGUCAACUGGAUAAGAACGGCAGCAACAACAUCCACAAGAAGGAAAUGAAGCCAUUCAAACGCUUCUUGAGGAAGAAAGCCAAGCCAAAGAAAUGUGGGCGGAAAUUCACCGAUUACUGUGACUUGAACGAAGAUAAAACCAUUUCAUUGCACGAGCUGAAAGGAUGCUUAGGAGUGAAAGAAGGAGGUAGCAGUGCGAGUGGCCUCUCAAAUGGAAGAAGACAAGGAACGAACCCUUUCAUAGGACGUUUAGUGUGAAGGAUAAGUGGAGCCUUGAGGGGAGACAGUGAAUAAAACCAGUGCUUCUAUAAGUGGGCACGAUGAAAUGGCAAUAUCCUGAAUGCAAGAAGUGUCGCCAAAAGUUUGCACUUUUAAAAAAAAAUUGUAUACCAUUAUAGAUUGAUUAUAGAAGAACGAUGCAAGUUUCUAAACAGCUACUGAUUUUUUUUGUUUGAAAAAAGUUGAACCUUAGUGGUUUGGACAGAACAAAACUUGAGGAGAUAUUUAAUUGUACAGUUCUGGUGUACAGUUGGUUGCAUCACUGCAUCUGUGGCAUUUAGUGCUGCCCUUGUCCUUAAUCACAUACAAUGUAUGUGUGGUUUCUGUAAUCAACAGGCUUUUCAUUGACAGAUCCUUUGUUGCUAACUUUAGUCACAACCUGAGGAACAAAGUACGACUAGUGAAAAAGACUGUUAGAAUGGAAGAGAGCUCUUCUCCAAUGGCUAAUUGAAGCAAUGUCUUGUAGAUGUCAAAGCUUACAAAAAAAAUAUUCAAUCUUAUGGCUUUUCCUUUCCAUUACAAAUAAAAUGCAUAAUGUUU